AUGGGGAUUUUUAUAUCAAAAAUACUGGGAAGACAACAUGAGGGGAUAAAUCUGAAUGAAAAUGGUUAUUCCUCAUCUCAUCGCGAAAGAAGACAACGGACCGACAGGGUUCUACACAGAGCUGCAUUAAAGGGCGACUGGAAUGAUGUUGAAGAGCUUUUGACUGAAAAUGAAGACUUGGCCAAAACCGCCAUAAUGGAAGGAGGUGAAAUCGCACUGCACAUAGCUGCAGUCGAAGGCCAUGAAACUUUCGUUUCAAAAUUAUUGGAAAUUCUCGACAUAGAUGACGUGGCAACUUUGAACAUGAAUGGGUGCACUGCACUAUGCUUUGCUGCCGCUGCUGGCCACGUUGAAAUUGCUCGAAUUAUGUUACAAAAACACCCAAAUUUGGCGGAUAUUAAGGGUGAAACUGGUGUUUGGCCGCUCUAUAUGGCUGCAUUGCAAGGAUUUGAAGAAAUGGCUGACUUUCUCUACCGUAAUUCAGAUAUCGGACUGUGGACCCCACUAGAAAAGGUCAACAUGCUGACGUCAGCAAUCGACUCUGAGUUGUACGAUUUAGCUAUGAGGAUCGUGGACGAAGAUAAAACGUUAGUUGUGGCUAGAGACAUAAAUGGCGAGACACCAUUGCAAGUGCUUGCGCGGAGUCCAUCAGCAUUUUCUUGUGACAACGGCCAAGGAUUUUGGGACAAGAUUGUAAGAAAUGUACUGCCCAUGAAAAAAUCGGCGAUCGAUAUGAAUGCAAGGUGUAAUGCCAAAAGAUUAAUGAAUUGUUUGUGGGAUGCCGCUGAGUUAUGUAAAGAAGAUAUUGAAGCAGCACGUACUGAAACGGUCGGAGUUAUUGAGCAAGCACAUGUUGAAACAACGACAGUUGUUGAGACAACACAUGCUGAAACAACGGUAGUUGUUGAGUCAACACAUGCUGAAAUAGUUACUCCCGCUGAAUCAGUAGAAAUUGAUCAAGCAGCGGGAGCUACUGAGUCGGAAGAUAUUGAAGCAAACGAAGCUAGGGCGGUAGAUUCUUCAACAUUAUUUUUUAUAGCAGCGGAGUCAGGAAAUGAUGAAUUUAUAGUGGAAUUAUUCAAAAAUGACCAUAAUUUAUUGUACAAAGUGAAUGAUAACUCACAUAGCAUAUUUCAUGUUGCGGUUUCGCGUCGCUACGUCAAUGUGUUCAAUUUGAUGUAUGAGUUGGGUGGUACGAAAGAUUUGAUAGCAACAUACAUAGAUGAUGAAGGUAAUAACAUAUUGCACUUGGCGGCAGAAUUGGCUCCUCAAAAUCAGCUCGACUGCAUUCCCGGGGCUGCUUGGCAGAUGCAAAGGGAAGUACUGUGGUUCAAGGCUGUCGAGAAGCUCGUACGGCCCGCAUUCAAACAUAAAAAGAACAAAGAAGGGAAAACGCCUCGCGAAUUAUUUGUAGCCAAGCACGAAGGCCUCCGUGCUGAAGGGGAGAAAUUCAUGAAGCAAACCGCGAAAUCGUGCAUGGUGGUGACGGUGCUCAUCGCGACGGUGGUGUUCACAACGGCCUUCACCGUCCCAGGCGGUUACAACAGAAACGGCGCCCCUAUCUUGGAGAACAAGAGGAUGUUCGUGAUCUUCCCAGUGUCGGAGGCGGUGGCGACGCUAUCCUCGCUCACCUCGAUGCUCAUGUUCCUCUCGAUCCUCACGUCCCGCUACUCUGACGAGGACUUCCUCACGGCACUUCCAAUUUGGAUGGUGGUGGGCGUGUCGACACUCUUCUUCUCCAUUGUAGCGAUGAUGGUGGCGUUUUGCUCGUGCUUGUUGUUCUUCGAGCACGGGCGGGCGGCAGCCGCCCUGCUCUUGGUUUUGUUUGGAAGUGUGCCGAUAAUGUUCGAGGUGUUGAAGUAUCGCCUCUUGAGGACUAUACUACGUUGUACCUAUAGUUGUACUGGGUUGUUCCGAUCGCACAACCGGUUGCACUCCUAGGUAUCUACUUGGGAUGCGAUAUGUACCGUACAUUUGGUUGCACUACUAGGGAUUUGCUCGCGAUGCCGGAUGUACGUACAACCGGUAGCACUCUUAGAUAUUAUCACUUAUAUAGCGCUCUAAUUAAAAGCACUUAGGUUGUCUCAUAGU